AUGACUGUCGACCAAACAAACAACUACGGUUUCGGUACUAAUGCCAUUCACGCGGGAUCUGCUGCAGACCCAGUCACUGGUGCUGUUAUUGCUCCAAUCUCGCUUUCCACCACCUUUGCUCAAUCUGAGCCAGCGAAGCCCAUUGGUAUUUAUGAAUACUCGAGAUCUGCAAACCCAAACAGAGACAACUUCGAACAAGCUGUGGCCACUUUGGAGAAGGCCAAGUAUGCGCUUGCUUUGGCUUCUGGCUCUGCCACCACUGCUUUGGUGAUUCAAUCUUUGCCAAUUGGCGCACACAUCAUCUCUGGUGGUGAUGUCUACGGUGGUACCCACCGUUACUUCACACAAGUUGCCAACACCCACGGCGUGGAGGCUACCUUUGUUCAUGACUUGGCUCAGGACUUGCAAAGUGCCUUGAGACCAGAAACUGCCCUUGUCUGGUUGGAAACUCCGCUGAACCCAACCUUGUCUGUGACAGACAUCAGCAAGGUGGCUUCUAUCUUGAAGGAGCACCGCGAGAAGACCGGUAAGCAAGUCAUCUUGGUUGUCGAUAACACAUUCUUGUCGCCAUACAUUUCGAACCCAUUGGUUCACGGCGCUGACGUUGUUGUGCACUCCAUCACCAAGUACAUCAAUGGUCACUCCGAUGUUGUCGGUGGUGUUUUAGCUACCAACAGCGACGAGUUGCACAACAAGUUCCGCUUCUUGCAAAACGCAAUUGGAUCCGUUCCAUCGCCUUUCGACUCGUGGUUGGCUCACCGUGGUUUGAAGACCUUGCACUUGCGUGUCCGCCAAGCAGCCAACUCUGCGCAAAAGAUUGCCGAAUACUUGGCUAGCCACGACAAGGUUCAAGCUGUGAACUACCCUGGCCUCAAGUCGCACGCCAACCACUCUGUUGUUUUGCGUCAACAUCGUGAUGGCUUGGGAGGUGGUAUGAUCUCGUUCCGCAUCAAGGGUGGUGCCGCUGCUGCAUCUGCCUUCACUUCGGCCACCCGCUUGUUUACUUUGGCUGAGUCUUUGGGAGGCAUUGAGUCUUUGAUCGAGGUGCCAGCCAUCAUGACUCACGGUGGUAUUCCAAAGGCCGAAAGAGAGGCCAGUGGUGUCUUUGACGACUUGGUUCGUGUGUCUGUUGGUAUUGAAGAGACUGACGACUUGUUGGCCGACAUUGAACAGGCAUUGGAGCGUGUUUAA